UGUUGUUGCUGUUUGUUUGUUUCUGUUUAAAAAAAUUUCAGAGCCACAAACACACUAGGUAUAGCAUAUUAUCAAUGAAUCAAAAUACACUUAUUGGGCAUCUUCUAUGUACUAGUUAUGGUAUAAAUAAUGUGGAUGAGUGAUUUUCAAAGCGGUCUCAGAACCAGCAUUAUCAGCAUCACCUGGCAACUUGCUAGAGUGGUAAAUUCUUGGACCUCAUUCAAGACCUACUGAAUCAGAAACUCUGGGAAUGGGGCCUAGCAAUCUAUGUCUUAACAAAUGCUCUAGGUGAUUCUGAUGUUAGCUAAAGUCUAAGAACACAAAGGUGAGUUAAAUGGAGUGUUUGUAACUUGCAAACUGUGCAUACCUGUCCUUGUUUCCAGCAUUUGGACCGACACAGUCUGUCAGAGCAUGUCUUCCAUAUAAGUGCAUCUAUUCACUAAUUAUGUACUUGUGUUUUCAAGGUUGCGUUUGAGAAACACAAUCUGUAUUAUCACUUCUUGCACCUUCACUCUGUAAGCAGGAGUAGGUAUUGAAGUUGUUCUGGGAGUGGGAGUUUCUCUCAUCUGAAUUUAAUUUCUCUUGAAUGCAUGAUCAGCCCCAAGCUCUGGGGGUUAGAAUAGGGACUACACCUGGCCAGAUGGAUAUUUAAAGACAGUGAAGGUGAAGCCCCGCUUCUAAGAGCAGGUACGAUGGAGGGUGGCGGUGGGAGAAGUGGCAGCUCCUGGCUCAUUCCUGGGCUCUUGGCUCUGGGUCUUUGGUGCAUGUGUUUGAGCUCGGUAGAGACAUUUGGCUGUCGCAACCCAAUGCUGCCUUCCCACAUAAAUGAGAUCUUUUCUGCCAGGCAACAUGGUUUUACCCUCACAUUCAAAAGUAAGUAUCUGGAGCUCUGGUCUUUGCCAGGGAAGGAGUGAUCCAAAAGCUGCCUGGCAGCAUUUUGAGGGACUGGUCGGGGAAUAGGGUGUAAAUGACAACAGAUAUUUAGGGCUCUUGUGAGUAGAGCAAGGAGCUGGGGACAGAAUACUCCUCAGCUGGUCUAGCAGAAGAGGAAUCUGCUUCCUGGUUUCAGCUCUGCAGGCCUGGUACGUAGGAUGUCUUUAAGCUUUAUGGCUGAUGCCCUAAAGUUCUCUGUGUAAGGAUGCUCCAAAGUGUGAAGUACACAGCUGGUGGGCUGGGCAACUACAGUGUUUUAGGACAUACAACAGGGCAAGUGGCUUGUCUUAGGUCAUGGUGACUGGAAUGGUUUUCAGUACUAGGGCAGUCAGUCUGACUUAAUUCUAGGGGUAGGGUGAUGGGAGUUGAGAAACCUCAGCCCAUUCCUGGCUGCUGUGGACUAAGCACUGGCUUUGACAAGCUGAGACUGCUAAAUCUUUGUCCUAUCCUGCAAGGCUGGGUAGUGGGGAGUAAGAAGCCGAAAGGGAGGUGGGACUUUCCAUGAUAGCGGCCUCCUGGAGCUUCCCCUCUUCUUUCCCUACAGGCUCACAGUUCCUACACAGCUACUGGCUCCUCUGUUUUGAGGCAGUUCCCUUCUUGGGGGUUUCCUUGAUAAACCUGUGGGCUUGGGUGCCCAUUGUCCCCCAUGCCACUGAGCUUGUUCUAGAGUUCGAGGACCAUCAAAGGGGCCUCCAAAGAUUCCUGUUGGGAUCUUUCCCCAUUAUCUUUUCAUCCUACCAGUCAGAGGGAGGGUCAUUAUUGGAGAUCUACUGUUUACUCACAUAUUGGAUGGAGGUGGUGCCCACCCUCUUGGCAGAGACAAAGAUUCCAGCCACUGAUGUUGCUGACGCCAGCCUGAACAAGUGUUCCAGCAUCGAAAGGAAACGAGAUGUAGUGUUGCUGUUCGUGACCUCGUCCCACACACAGCCAUCUCUGUUUCACCUGCCUUACGUCCAGAAACCCUUUAUCCCUAAUGUGGAGCAGCUGAUCCUGGGCACCCCAUGCCAGAAUCACUGGGAGAUAGGCGAUGGCCAGAAUACAUUUCCUGUAGAGAAGCUCUGCCAUCUGCAGGAUCGCAAGGUGAACCUUCACAGAGCUGCCUGGGGCGAGUGUAUUGUUGCACCCAAGACUCUUAGCUUCCCUUACUGCCAGGGGACCUGCCUGGCCCUCAACAGUGAGCUCCGUCAUUCCAGCUUUGAGUGCUAUAAGAGGGGAGUACCUACCUGUCCCCGGCUCUUCCAGACCUGCCAUCCCACCAGGGUCAGACUCUUCUCCCUGAUGGUCCAGGAUGACGAACACAAGAUGAGUGUGCACUAUGUGAACACUUCCUUGGUGGAGAAGUGUGGCUGCUCUUGAGAUACCCCAAAGCCUUCUACUGGCCUCAGGGCCAUCUAAGUCUCAGGACUCUAGUAGGGGGUGGGAUUAGUUUUCGUAGCAACUAGAGCUCUUUGAAGGGAGGUGGGAUUUGGUUUGUUUCUCAAAGCGCAGCAAGAAGGAUGGCAUUAUGGCAGUAACCCCUCUUAGAUGCUUCUCUUUGAUGUGGGCAGGGGACCCCUAGUGCUGUUCUCAGUCACUCCUACUACUGGGAAGCUGGGCCCAUUGUGAUGUCUGACUGUUGCUGUCCUAGAUUGUGACUGGGCUGGGCUUAGUGCCACCUCUGGGGUCAUUUAGGUGGGGAAAGAGGAACUGGAAUUGGACGCAUGUCAGCUCUUGGGGUAGGGGUAAAAUUGUUACCGGUGUUAAGCUGGCUUCGGACUCUUCUGAGCUUUUCAGCUGCUAUCGUCCUUCUCUGUACAAUUGGCAUGGGGCUGGUCCAGAACUGACCUCAGCAUGUACGUUCCUCCUCACCUAACACUCCUGGCCUCUUUAGAGUGAGCAAGGACUCUGUGCAAGAAAGCAUUCUGUCAUGGGCUAGUCAUGGGUAAAGGGCCCCGAAGCCUUCACAACCUGGUGUCAGAUGGGAGCUUGAGAGCGCAGGUUGUCGCUUGACUGAUGGAGGGGGCCUCUGGCCUCAUGGAAAGUUUGUCUCACUAUCAUUUAAGGAACUUGAUGAUAUUAGUUUUUCUACUAUCUUUAAUAAAACUACAGUACCAUUGUU